UUUAAGUGCAGAGAGAAGAGAAGUGGUUUCUGCUAACUACAAUCAGGGGUUUCGUAGCCCAAUCUUUACCCAUAAGCAAAAGUGAUGGGUUCCUACCAGUCUGCAGGCAUAUAUGUACACUGAACUCUGACAGGUUUAAUCCAUAUAAACAAAGGAUUAACAAGGUAUCUGGAACAGCAAAAUAUUUUAAGUUUAUUUUCUUCAGGAGAGAAAUUCCUUUCAGUUAUAUCCUUCAGGAAAGGAAUCAUCAUAUAAAAUAUACCACUGUGGAUAUUCUUAACACAUCUGAAAAAAAAACUGUCAAAAAUAACUGAGACCAAACUUACUGAUACGUCAUCAGGGACAGAAAAAAUAGAAGAAAUUCUGACAUUUUUCAUUCAACAAUGUGCUGGAAAUCUCUUCACUUUAUUUCUACGUGCCUCUUUGUUACAAAUGGAUGCACAUUCAAUAGUGGGUCCAGCUCUGAACGAAAUGAGGCAGAAUUACUUCCAACUAUCCAAAAACUCAUGAAAGGUUACAAUAAGUAUUUGCGGCCUAACUUUGACGGAGGACCGGUGGAAGUUGGAAUGAGCCUUGACAUAGCAAGCAUUGAUGCCAUUUCAGAAAUCAAUAUGGACUACACUGCUACAAUAUUUUUGCGACAGCGAUGGAUUGAUUCACGUCUUUUAUUUGAUGGCAACAAAAGUCUAAGUCUUGAUGGUCGCCUUGUGGAGCUUCUCUGGGUUCCAGACACUUUCAUCGUGGACUCAAAAAAAUCGUUUCUCCAUGACAUCACUGUAGAGAACAGGCUUAUACGGAUUUUUUCUAAUGGUACUGUUUUGUAUGCUCUCAGGAUAACAGCUACUGUUGCCUGUAACAUGGACUUGACCAAAUACCCAAUGGAUAGACAGAUGUGUACUUUGCAACUGGAAAGCUGGGGUUACACCAUACAGGAUGUUGUGUUUUAUUGGACUAGAGGGAAUGAUUCUGUUCGUGGCCUGGACACGUUGCAGCUGGCCCAGUACACAGUGGAGAAUUACUACACCUCAAUUUCACAAGCUGUCUAUGAAACAGGGUUCUAUCCCAAACUCAUACUACACUUCGAACUUCGAAGGAACAUCCUUUAUUUCAUACUGGAAACGUAUGUCCCCUCCACUCUGCUCGUUGUUUUGUCCUGGGUUUCCUUCUGGAUCAGCCAAUCGUCUGUCCCAGCAAGGACAUGUAUAGGAGUGACUACCGUGCUAACAAUGACAACCCUGAUGAUGGGUGCAAGGACAUCGCUACCAAAUGCUAACUGCUUUAUUAAAGCUAUCGAUGUUUAUCUGGGAAUCUGUUUCAGUUUCAUCUUUGGAGCAUUAUUAGAAUAUGCCAUAGCUCACUUCUGUACCAUUCACCAUUGUACACUUGAAGAUGUCCACAGAGAUAUGAAAAGGGACUUUGAGGAGUCCAAUGGGUGUCUGACUACCGUCAGUCAUAGUCAAAAAGCCAUGAUUAAGAGAAAGAAGAAUGAAGUGAAGACCAACAUGUCUCCUAAACACAGCAGAGAGGAACCAGAUGCAGACACCAACGCUACCUGGUUUAUUUUAAAAAGUAAAGCACGGCGAAUCACCAGCUGUUUCAGUGUGGAAAACCCAGACAACAUAGACAGACACUCAAGACUAGUUUUUCCAGCAGCCUUUCUGCUCACUAAUUUCUUCUACUGGUCAUAUUACUUAUUUCUGUAGGAUGACCCAGCAUGUUUCAUGUUUAAGCCAAUGCUGGCUAUCACGGCUAUACCACAGAUGCAUCCUGCUAAACUGGCAGCUACGACUCCUGUGAGACCAGGAGUUCUGAUGUGUAGUCAAACAUCAUACAAAAACUUGGACUAGAUGUUGUAUUUGUAGGAUUUGUACUCAUUUUGACCUUUCUAGGAGAACAGCUUAAACAUAAAGCCAAUGUCUCUGCCAAAUGUUUUUUAAUCAGCUUUUCUGUUCUGUGUAUUAACAAUGUUUUGACACAUACCGAAAUGCUUGUUACAGAAUGGUAAUUACUUUCUUGCCUGCAGUAUGCUUGGUAUAUACAUGACAUAAGACGAAAUGAAAUACAAAGUUUUUUGUAUUUCAUGUAGGAAGAAUAUGGGAAGAAUUAGUCAGGCGAAUGAAAGCACAGUUUUAAAUAGUUUUCUUUAUAUAUGAACUUUGACAUUACCUAAGUUAUUUUUUUGUAACUUCCAAGUAAACUAAUUCUGGUUUAAGUUCCAUACCAACAUUCAUGCUAGCAGCACAUAUUUUUGAUAUAUAUAAAUGAAAAAAUUAGGAAUGGAAAACUGAAAAAUAUUUUUUAUAAAAGCCCAUAACAUGAUAUAUCAGUGUUUAUAUAUAAUAGCCCGUUGAUCUGCUUUAUUGGUGUAAAUAUAUGCAAAUUGAAUUAUAACCUUUUGUGACUAAAGAAACCUGAAGAUGAGGUUCUGGGGUGAAGUGAAACAAGAUUUUGUCUUCUGUUGAAAUUUUAUUAUUCAGAUGGGUAUAUCAUUAUAGUAAGGAACCAUUGUAUAAACUAUGCAUUUGCCACACUAAUCUCUACUCCCUAACCACACAUAUUAAGACAUACGAUUUAGCAAUUAUGAUUCCAACAACAACCUAUUUUAAAGUUACUAACGCAUUCACUUUUUCAUCAGAUACACUAUGCACUUUACUGCCCCAGCUUUUAGAAAUACCGCAAUGAAACAAUAUAAUCUGCAAUGUGAAGUAACCACACUUGUAACUGUUCUUGGUUAUAAAUGUAGUUUACGCAGCCUAAUGAUUCACAUCUUACACGGCCUAAUGACUCACUGCAUUGCAACAUAUUAAUCAGUGUAGAGACUGUACAAAAUAGCACAAAAUGCUAUGGACACAUACAUGCUAUCGGUUAUCAUAAUUCAACAUUGUAUCAUACUUACAUAGCAUAAUACUAUGGGAAUAUGCUGCGGUGGUACAUCGGUUAGCAUUGUUGCCUCACAGCAAGAGGUUCUCUGGUUCGAUUCUCGCGUGAAUGGGGUGUGCCUUCU